AUGACGAAGCUCACGCUGUACGGUUACUACAGGUCGUCGUGCACCACGCGGCUGCGGAUCGCACUGGCGCUCAAAAAGAUUGAGCACACGACUGUGGUUGUCGACUUUUUCAACAAGGAGCACCGCGGCGCCGCGUACACCGCCAUCAACCCGAACCAGUCGCUGCCGACGCUGGCAGCCGAAAUCGAGGGAUCCGGCGGCGGCACGCCCGUCUACAUUACGCAGUCGGUGGCCGCUCUCGAGUUUCUCGAGGAAGCCUUCCCGGACAAUGCCGUGCCGCUGCUGCCCAAGAACCCCGCCGACCGCGCACGUGUGCGCAGCCUCGUCGAGAUUGUUGUGGCGGAUCUGCAGCCGCGGCAAGCGAACCACACGCUCGAGAAGCUGGGCAACGACCUGGGUGCCGACGGCGACCAGAAGACCAAGUGGGCGUACGACUGGAGCGUCAGAGAGCUGCGGGCGUACGAGACGCUUGUGACGGCAGGGGGCGCGAACGGCGGGCCGCCUGGCAAAUACUCGGUGGGCGACACGGUGACGCUGGCGGACGUGUGUCUGGUGCCGGCGAUCCAGAACGCGGUGGAACGGUGGGGCGUGGACCUGGAGAAGGAGUUCCCGGUGCUGGCGAAGAUCUUUGGCAACUUGACGGCGCUGCCGGAGGUGCAGGGCGCGCACUGGAGCAAGCAGCCGGACGCACCCAAGGAUGCGUAA